UUCUCCCCUCACUGUCUGGGUGUAAUAAUAAAUGAAAUGUGACACAUCUCUGUCUCUGUCUCUUUGUCUCAGAUUGAAGGUUUGUUUGCGUCAGCGCAGCAUGAAAAUGUUAAAGUCAGCUGUAGGUGCUCUAUGCUGAGAUGUUUGUGUUGGUCUCAGCUAUCAGUCUGACACCAUGUAUGCACGUCACAGGUGUGGUUAAGGAGCAGUGAGUGAAUGGCAUACAUCCACCUGUGCACCGCAGCAGCUACAGAGGGGCGAGUAGGUGUUAAACAGAUUAAUUUAACUGCAGAUGGAGUUUUUAAACGCCUUGCCCUGCGUUGUUAGGCACUGGAAACAAAUACAGACAGUUGGAAAUAGCUUUGUCGUUUGUAGCGAGUCAGCAGUGCAAUGCUCCCUCACUCAGCCUCUCCAUGACAUCGCCUUUGUUUUCGUCACUACAUCUUUGUCAACAAAACUACAUCCAAACAGCAUGUGGACAUGCAGAUCACACCACAUGGUGCAUAACUAACACCAAAAAACAAACUCACAUCAGCUUGGAUGUGGGACAGUUCAUGAAUCCAAAAGGAUUGGAAGUAGGCUUUCUCAAUUCUUCACCUGUUUGAUGCAGGGCCAGAGAACUUCUUGCCAUUCUGUCCUUCGUGAGGUCCUCCAUGAACCGGCUUCAGUGCAGACCCUGGAUUCCUUGUUUCCAAAACGCAUCUGUCAGCGUAACCGAUUUGUCACAUUUGUUUUUCAGUCUUCCUGCCAAUCCGAGCUGUAUCCAUAUUUUUCUCCCACCUUACAGUUGAAUCACAUCUUUCCUGGUCCUUUCACUUCAUUUCUCUGAUUCUCAGGUUCCAUCCUAUCUGUCUUACCUUCCUUAUUUCAGCAUUUACUGCCCUCAGGUGCUCCACUUCUUUUUCCAGCACGAGACUCUUGUCUUGCAAUCUUUGACUUCCGCAGCAUUGAAGUUAAAUGCUCAAGCUAGCUAUCCUCGCACAAUUCUGUUAACUGCACGCCAAAUCCUUCAAACCUUUGUUCAUGUGUGUCAAAUCUCACCACCAAUGUGUUAAUUGCUGCAAGUAUUGCAGAGUUUGAAACUUCACUUUCAUUUGGUUUAGAUAUUUUCCAAGUAUGAGCUCCUUUUGACGGGGUAGGACAGGACUCAACCCCUUCCUCUAACAACCGUUUGUCCCCGCUGCUGUCUGUCCAUCAAAGCCUGCGAAGCAUGCUCGUGCUGCCUCAUUUGGGAGGGAAAAGUCUUUUUUUUUUUUUUUAAGCUCUGGCUGAGACAUUUCACUGUCGUUCUUACUGAAAAAACACCUUGCAGACUUUAAAAGAUACGUUCAGAGGGGAUAUGAUUUUAAUAAGACGAGUUUGGAGGGGUUUUGUGUGAGAGCUCGUAGCGUGAGACCGCUCAGUCCGCCAUCUUGCCGAGUGCCCCGUAUGCAAAUCCAGUUGUGUGAUCGCCAGGUGGCCCAGCCUCCUUACCUGGGACCAAUCGGGGCCACCAGCCUGGACGUUUCCGGGAAGUCUGCAUGACCCUGAUUGGAGCGGCACCUCCCCCGAUAGACCAGAGGGAGCAAAUACCGACUCACCUAUUUAAACCCAAAAGGUCUGAGUGCCAGGACGGCUGGUGGUGUGUGUUUGAGCUCGACUCGAUUUUGAAUGUUAACAGAGUCCUUCAGGUGAGACACCAGUCUCUCAAAGGGCGACGGGCCUGUAGUCAUUCAGUCCUGUGAUGGAGGAUUUCUUUGGGAUUAUUGUGGAGUGUUUGAAUGAGGGAUCUCCAGCUCCAGGGAUCUGUUGAAGAUGGAGGUCAGCUAAUCAGCCCUGUCUGGACCAGGUGCCUUCCUGAUCUGUCUGGAACAUCCUCUUCACAGAUCCUGAGCGAUGGUGGGGGGAUGUCACGGUGUCGGUCAGCUCAUCCAGGUCAGAGGCUGCAGCCUCAGAGAAGGCCUGCAGGUCCACUCUGACCUCGUCCAUCCAUCAGCCAGGACAAUUUAAACAGCACCGCUGGAGUUGGUUCUCCCGGGCUUGGACACCUUCACUCUGGACUAUUAGCUGCUUCCAUACCGCUCCAGAAACCCACCAGCACCUCCUCCACCUCCACACACAUCCCCCGGUCAUCACAGAUGCUUCACAUCCGCCCUCCCUCCAGCUGUCCAACCAGUUUGAAGCUUUGGCCUCAGAUGAAGUCCGAGGCUUCCUCCACCCCAUAUCUCACUCUGCCCAUUCCUCUGUUACCAUCCCAGCACCUCACCCUCUUUCUGUCCCUCAUCCCGCUCAACCUCACCACACCUCAUCAGAACUGGACAUCAACUCAUCAUCAUCUCAGGCUCCAUCUCCACCCACAGCAGAGAAUCCAGAGGUGGUCCAGACUCAGUCUUCACACCUGGCUGUAAGACUACAGUGCCACCUCUGGGAUCCCCUUCAUCAACAACUUUGAACUGUUCCGACUGAAAUGGGAUGGCCUCCAUCCAAACAGAAGGAGAUCCUUGAUGCUGUCUGAAAACAUGGACUCUGAGAUCAGCACUCCAAAAUGAUGACUGAUGUACCCUCUCACACCUUUUCAACACCUGAACUCUAAAGAUCCAGUUAUUAUUUUAAUAAUGUCCAAACCUUAAAAUGUUUUUAUAGAAAUGUUUUUAUCUAAUUACACCAAAAUUCUUAUUUUAGUUUAGUUAGUUUAGAUUUUAACAUUCAUGUUUGUUCAUCUCAGCCAUUUGUUCUGGAUUUUAUGGAACCAGCACAUGUGAAGGGUCAGUCUGUGUCUGAUCAUAAGGACAUUGUAUUCACUGUUCAUGUGCUGUUGGACUUCAGCUCCUGAUUCUGACCACUAGAGGGCAGCAAAUACAUUUGAUACCUGUGACAACAGUCAGAUCACAUGAUCAGCAGCUUCCUGUUUGUGUUUCACAAUAAAAGCGUUUUAAUGUGAAGGUAGUGCUAGACUUUUACUGUGAAACAACCACAGGAAGUGUUGACAGUGUCUUGACUUGUCACUCUGGACAGCCAAUCACAGGAGAGGACGUUGUGUCUCCAUAGUAACCAUGGAUAGUUUGGGGAAGGGCAGUCUCAGUCAGACUUCCUGUUUGUGUUUCUGAUCGACCAGGACCAGUAUUUCUAAAAGUAGAAAUACUUCAGCUUCAGUCUCUGUAUUUGGCGGUGUCAGCGAUGGCGGGGACGUCGAGACAUGACCGAGAGAUGGCGACGAACGCCAAGCGUCAGCUGACCGAGUGUGCCGACCCGGUGGAGCGGCUCCGACUGCAGUGUUUGGCCCGAGGAUCAUCAGGGAUCAAAGGACUGGGCAGAACUUUCAAAAUAAUGGAUGACGACAACAACCGCUCCCUGGACAUGAAGGAGUUCCUGAAGGGUCUCAAUGACUACGGCAUCCUGAUUGAGAAACAAGAGGCCAUGGAUCUAUUCAGGCUUUUUGACCGUGAUGGGAACGGGACCAUCGACUUUGACGAGUUCCUCAUCACUCUCAGGCCGCAGAUGUCUCAGGCCAGGAAGGAGGUGAUCAUGCAGGCGUUUCGGAAGCUGGAUAAGACGGGUGAUGGGGUGAUCACCAUUGAAGACCUGAAGGGGGUUUAUAACGCCAAGAACCACCCCAAGUAUCAGAACGGGGAGUGGACAGAAGAUCAGGUGUUCAGGAAGUUCCUGGACAGCUUCGAUUCUCCGUAUGACAAAGAUGGAAAGGUGACAAACACUCAACAGACUGAUUUUUUAAAAUCAGGUGACCCAGGAGGAGUUUAUGAAUUAUUAUGCUGGUGUGAGUGCUUCCAUCGAUACAGAUGUCUACUUUAUUGUGAUGAUGAGAAAUGCCUGGAAACUCUGAUGAGUUAGCGUCGCUCUGGUGACCAAAGAGGAGUUUGUCAACUAUUACUGUGGAGUCAGCGCCUCCAUCGACAGAGACGUCUACUUUAUUCUGAUGAUGAAAAACGCCUGGAAGCUCUGACUCCA